CUCUGGCCAACUUUGGAGAUUAGAAUGAAUCUGACAAUGAAAGUACUUCCCUGGCUAUAGAGUGUACCGAGAGAAAUGAUACAUUUUCCCCAUAUCUUUUCCAUCAGAUCAGUGCUGUUAAGUAGGUCACAGCAGACUCAAUUGAACACGGAUCUGACUGCAUACCUGCAAAAGAAUUGCCUUGGAGAUGUGUGUGUGUUGAAUGCCACGGAGUGGGUUAGAGAACAUGCCUCUGACUACAUUACCAGAGAUGUUCUACCUCCUUCCACCACUGGAUGCACAGUACAGUCUGUCGAUCUAAUUCUCACAAGACUUUGGAUAUAUAGCCAUCACAUCUACAACAAAUACAAGAGGAAGAAUAUUCUAGAGUGGGCAAAGGAGCUUUCCCUGUCUGGGUUUAGCAUGCCUGGAAAACCUGGCGUUGUUUGUGUAGAAGGCCCGCAAAGUGCCUGUGAAGAAUUCUGGUCAAGACUCAGAAAGUUAAACUGGAAAAGAAUCUUAAUUCGCCAUCGAGAAGACACUCCUUUUGACGGUACGAAUGACGAAAUGCAAAGGCAAAGGAAAUUUUCCAUUUUUGAAGAGAAAGUGUUCAAUGUUAGUGGAGCCAGAGGAAACCAUAUGGACUUUGGGCAGCUCUAUCAGUUCUUAAAUGUCAAAGGCUGUGGGGAUGUCUUCCAGAUGUUCUUUGGUGUAGAAGGACAGUAACAGCAAAACAGUGAUUGCAAAUAGUUUAUCACUACAGGCCUUUUGAUUGUUUCCCACUGUUUACUGAUAGUCCCACUGUAAUUUAAUCACAGUUCCGUUGUAGAAUGUUGAAAGGAAGAAAACCAAACAAAAAAAUCAGUAUAGCUGAAAUACAUUUGUUAAAAAUGUCAUGAUUGAGAAUAGGUGAUCAUCCUAGCAACUGAGAUGACCAGAUCUCACAUGAACUGCCAGGGUUACAGUCCCAGUUUGGGCUCCUGCUCCAGCUUCCCACCUGCGCUGACUCCAGAGGGCAGUGGUUACAGCUCAGGCAGCGGGUUCCUGCCACCUCCUGGUUACACUCCCAGCUUCCCACCCGCGCUGACUCCAGAGGGCUCAGGCAAUGGGUUCCUACCACCUCCUAGGAGGCCUGGAAUGUGUUCCCAUCCCAUCCUUCCAGCCCCAGCCAUUGCAGAUAUUUGGGGUGUGAAUCAAGAUGAUAACUCUUUUGAAUCAGUUUUUGAAAACUGCAUGAUUAAAUUUCAAGUUAUCUUAGAGUUUUUGCUAAACCUUUUUUUUUGUUUUACAAACUACUCAUUUUGAAAGAAAAACUGUGUAUGGCGAUAAUAUUGAUGAUCUAACUUUCCAGCAAUACCAGUUCUCUCCCCCCUUACCUCCCUCAAUAAAGAACCUGAAAAAGUU